AACACUUUCUUCUGAUUUUUCAUCACGAGAAGCCUCAAAAUGCAAGUCACAUCCUUGUUAGUGUUGUUCGUGGGAGUAGCUGUUUUAGUCACUCCCUCUUUCGCAGAUUACUACAAACCGCCCAAGUAUGAACCAAAGCCACCUUAUUUCAAGCCUCCUAAGGUAGAGAAGCCAUUCCCAGAACACAAGCCACCAAAGAUUGAGAAGCCACCAGUCUACAAGCCACCACCAGUCUACAAGCCACCAAAGAUUGAGAAGCCACCAGUCUACAAGCCACCACCAGUCUACAAGCCACCAAAGAUUGAGAAGCCACCCGUCUACAAGCCACCAAAGAUUGAGAAGCCACCAGUCUACAAGCCACCAAAGAUUGGGAAACCAAUCUACAAGCCACCAAAGAUGGAGAAGCCACCAGUCUACAAGCCUCCUGUUAUAGUGAAGCCACCACCCUUUCACAAGCCAUUGCCACCUUCUGGUCUGAGAAACCAGUCUACAAGCCACCAAAGAUGGAGAAGCCACCAGUCUACAAGCCUCCUGUUAUAGUGAAGCCACCACCCUUUCACAAGCCAUUGCCACCUUCUGGUCACUAUCCGGGACACCCUCCAGUUGAAAAUGCUGAAUAUAUCAAGCCAAAAAACUGAAUUAAACUUUAUAUAUAUAAAUAUGCAGGAGUACUAUUAGUAGCUGAGAAUAAGUGCCAUGGCUGAAGCUCAUUGAUUAGGCUUUCUAGUGCGUUUUCUAUAUCGAUCAGUUACACACUACAAGUGAGGAAAGCUCUCGUUGAAACGUCUCUUCUUUCUUGUAAUUGAUGAGCAUAUCCGAAACUUUAUUAUGUAAUCCAGUGAACUUCAUUUGCAGGAAUGUUUAUGAAUAUAUUCGAUCUUGUGUAUU